UUCUUCAUAUAGUAACGCACUUGGCACAUUACAUAACCUUAAAGUACUCUGUACUCUCUCUCUCUCUCUUUCUCUCUCUCUCUCUCUCAUUGUCAUAUCUUUGCUAGGUCCAUCAAACAGGCAGUGAUUCCCCCAGCUUCCACAUCAAAUGAACCCAUAAUCAUUAUCAUCAUCACACGCCCCUUCUCUUCUCUUCUUCCUUCUUUCUCUCUCUAUUUACAGCAGCUCUCAAUGUCGAUAAACCACUACUCACCAGAAGCCAGACUAUACUGGACCGACCAACAUCAAGCCUCAACGUGGCUCGGAAACUCUCACACUCCUCGUUUCAACCUGAAUGACAACCAGGAGGAGGUGGACGAGGAGGACGAGGAGGUGAUGGAGAAAGCUACUGCUGCUGGUGCUGGUGGGGAGGCGGCGGCGGAAGAGGAGGAGAAGGAAGCGAUGUUCGAGAAGCCGCUGACGCCGAGCGACGUGGGAAAGCUGAACCGGUUGGUGAUCCCAAAACAACACGCGGAGAAGCACUUCCCGCUGGAGUCGUCGUCAUCGUCGUCGUGCGGUGACAGCGCGAAGGGCGUGUUACUGAGUUUCGAGGACGAGUCCGGGAAGUGCUGGCGUUUCCGUUACUCUUAUUGGAACAGUAGCCAGAGUUACGUUUUGACCAAAGGAUGGAGCCGUUACGUGAAGGACAAACGCCUCCACGCUGGCGACGUUGUUUUCUUCCACAGACACCGUACCCAUCCUCAACGCUUCUUCAUCAACUCCUCCCGCCGCCAAGCCAACCCCCCCGCUCACGUUACCACCACCGCAACACCCUCCUUCUACUCUGCGCACCCUUAUCCUGCGCAUCAGCUCCCUUUCCCAUACCAAACUCAGUCCCUUCAUGCACCACCAGGUGGAGGGUCCCAAGGACAGAACCAAACGACACCGGGAGGGAACAGUUCAGGUGGCAGGGUGCUGAGGCUGUUUGGGGUGAACAUGGAAUGCCAACCUGAUAAGGAUUCCCAAAACUCCACGCCACUAUCCUCUUACACUCUCUCCUCAACAACAACAACAACAACACUUUCCCACCACCACCUCUUACACCCUCAUACUACUACCUCUUUUUCUUCUUCUUCCUCCUCCUCCAACCCUCACCAUCACCACAUGCUACGUCAACAACCGUAAUAAUACAAUUACAAUCAAUCACCUUUAAUUCUCUCUCUCUCUCUCUCUGCCCUUAAUUACUUUUAGUCAAUCAUCCUGCCAUUAACAUCAACCCCUCUUUAUUCUAAGUAUAUUUAGGUUGACGUUAAGAUUGUAGACGAUCUUUCUUGUCUUGAAUUAGGGAGAUGCAUGCAAAUGGAAAUGCCUUUGUAUUCGUUUUACCGGAUCUUCUUGUUCCCUCUCACUCCAGCAUAUUUAUUUUAUUAUAAACCAAGCUGUGAAUGCCAGAUGGAUCGUCCAACAUCUUUUCCAUCAACUUUCCCUCUUAUUAUUAUAUAUACUAUAUACAUUCGCACACUUUAAAUCUCACCAAAUUACAGUUUU